ACCCUCAACCUGUUCGGACAUAUAAUAUUGAUCUUGAUGCACCAGCGGAGAUCAGAUGGUCUCAAGUAUUAACAGAUUAUCAAUAUAUGGUACCUAAUAUUCUACAAGACGUCAGAUCAUUAAUACCUGUGGAUUAUAUUCCUCUGGUAGAGAAAAUAGCUGAUGAUAUAGAGACAUAUAUAUCACAGCCAUUCGCUGGUGAAUUGAAAGCUAUAGCUAAAAUCUGGGAUAUAGAUCUGGGGGAAAUAGUUCUUCUAAAUAUUAUAUAUGAUGUCACAGCGUUUUGUACCAGUAUAGUAGCUCAAGAUGGUAAUGGUACAAUAUGGCAUGCUAGAAACUUGGAUUAUUAUUAUGGUGAUCUUCUCAGAAACCUGACUAUUAUGGUCAACUUUCAACGACAGGGAAAGACGGUGUAUACAGCAACGACCUAUGCUGGUUAUGUUGGUAUUGUAUCUGGACAGAGACCUGAUGCAUUUACUGUAACAGUUAAUCAAAGAGGACACCACGUUCAUGUGGGCUACUGGUGGCAAAAUAUUCUAAUCGCCAUUGUUGACAAAAAUUCACAUUUUGUGAGUUUCUUAGUUCGACAAGUUUUAGAGAAUAGUACAACAUAUAGUGAUGCUGUUGAUCAACUUUCAACACAAGUUAUACACGCCCCUGUUUAUUAUAUUGUAGGAGGUAUAAAUCCAGGAGAGGGUGUGGUCAUAACCAGAAAUCGUUUCGCAUGGGACGACAAAUUAUACCUUAACUUGCCUUACGGAGUAUGGUAUGUAUUAGAAACCAAUUAUGAUAAUUGGUCAAGUCCUCCUCCUUAUGACAGCCAGAGAAGAGCUGUUGCUAAAGCUUCCAUGAAUAAGCUGGGGUCAGACGGAGUAAAUAAAGACAGUUUAUAUCAAGUUGUAUCUACAAAACCGGUCAUGAACAUGAAUACAACGUAUUCGAUCGUGUUUAGUGCUUCUCAACCGGAAGUAUACACCAGCUGGGUACGAUGGCCUUAAAAGACAACAUCGACAGUCCAUAACGAAACUACUUAAAUGACCAUUAAAAAUUAAAAUAUUCAAUUAUUGUCAUAUCUGUAUCUGAAAGUGUAAUAUGCCCAAUGAUAUAAAUUAAUUAAUUUUAUGUCAUAUUAAA